AGGCGUCGUGGCCUCGCCCGCCCCGCCUUAGCUCCAGCGCUAGAGAGAAACAUGUAUCGUUUCCGAUUACAGCUCUUCACGGGGAUUUCUGCUGCCGCCACCGCCCACUCUUACCCGCGCCGCUUCUCGCCUCUGUUAGUCGAAAACUCACCUCUCAGCCGCCCGCCGCACAGACGCACGAGUAAAAAGUGCAGCUCCAUCGGCUGA